AUGUCCCGCCCCGGCGUCUCCACGGCCACCUCCAGUGCCACCUCGCCCAACCACCAACUCUACCAACAACAGCCAAGCUCGGCUCCCGCAAACCCUUCCUCCACCGCCUCGGGAUUCCUCGGCCGCCACUUUGGACGGCGCCCAAAGACCGCCCACUCCUACAGCCAGGAUAGCGGCCUCCUCGUCGCACCCGCCGCACAGCCUCGCAACAGCACCAGCAGCAGCAGCGCAAGCAACAACAGCACCACCCCACGCUUCCCCCUCCCGCGCAGCUCAUCCUCCUCCCACGCCUUCCCCGCUGCAGCCUCGUCCGACGCCAUCUCGAGGCCCUCGUCGGAGCGUCCCACUCACACCGGCACCGCCGCCAGCCGACUGCGCCCAGCCACGGCCAACGACCUCGGUGCCACCCGCUCCUUUUUGUCCACCGACCCUCACCCCUCAUCGUCCCGCGCAUCGCCCUCCAGCAUGGUCAGCGGCAGCGCAGCGGAUUCCGGAGCCACCGCCUCCCGAAACGCGGGCAGCGGCUACACCAGCGGCGGUGGCACAAGCGGUGGCGGCAACCCCUUUGGCCGCAUGUUCAGGCGGUACAGCCAGGGCGCCAGCCGCUUCGAGUCCCAGUCCCAGGCACAGGCGCAGGCGCAGGCCCUCGUAGGCAGAGAUGGCAGUGCCAACACCGGCCAAGCCUCGCACUCGCACCGUAGCUCCAGCUCCCACGUCGAGCAGCAGCAGCAGCAGCAGCAGCGAGGCCGCAGCACCCCGCCGCGUUCCAGCCGACACGCGUCGCCCUCGCCCGCUAUGCCCCAGUCGGCCUCGUACAACAGCCUCGUCCUGCCCAACCAUGAAAGCCCCGGCUCGCUCACCAACUCGCGCACCCUCGCCGUCCUGUCAGACCCGGCCCCCGCCCACGCCAACGGUAGCCCAGUCACGGAAGGAGCGGCGGCAGCAUCCUCCGGCGGGGCAUCGGCUGCUGCCAUCGACACUGCGCCCGCAGAGGCAACCGCCGCCGCCGCCGCCGCCGCCGCCGCCGCAGCGACUGGCUCCGGGUCCAGCUCCAGCCCUGCUCCCAACGUCCACCGCAUCCGCCUCGUCCCGCACCUCGAGGCCACGCGCUCGCUCCACUUUGAGCCCAUCGAGAGGGACCUCGGCGAGGGCAAGACCCCCGUCAAGGUGGGCCGCUUCACCGACCGCCAGCCCCCCGCAUCCGCCAACGCCACCGUCGCCGUCGCAGACCCGGGCGCCCCUUCGCCAUCCGCCAUCACGGGGGCCGGUGCCGGGUCCGGUGCCGGGUCCGAGCAGCCGUCGUACUCGGCCAUCGGCCAGCCGGGAGCGCGCGGCGGCGCCAUCACCGUCAGCUCCGGCCAGGGCGGCGGCGUCGGCGGCGUCCGCAUCGACUCGUCGCGCGUCGCCUUCAAGAGCAAGGUCGUCAGCCGCGGCCACGCCGAGAUCUGGUGCGAGCCCGGCGGCCGCUUCUUCAUCAAGGACACCAAGUCGUCUUCCGGAACCUUUCUCAACCACAUCCGGCUGUCGGCGCCCAACGUCGAGAGCCGGCCGUUUGCCAUCAAGGACGGAGACGUCAUCCAGCUCGGCGUCGACUACCAGGGCGGCACCGAGGAAAUCUACCGCUGCGUCAAGAUGCGCGUCGAGCUCAACCGCGGCUGGCAGCGCGAGGCCAACCAGUUCAACGUCAACGCGCUGCGCCAGCUGCGGGCGCUGCAGGGCACGCCGCUCCACACGCCCAGCGGCGGCGCGGCGGGCGGCAAGGACCGCGACCGCGACGCCGAGCUGCUGCCGACCAACCGCCAGGGCGUCAGCGUGACCGACUGCUGCAUCUGCCUGUUCUCGGUGACCGUGUGCCAGGCCCUCUUCAUCGCGCCGUGCUCGCACGUCUUCCACUACAAGUGCAUCCGCCCGCUCCUCACGCUCCACCACCCGGGCUUCUCGUGCCCGCUCUGCCGCACCUUUGCCGACCUCGAGGCCGACGUCGAGGAGGACGAGGCGUGGCAGGAAGCGCUGCUCAAGGAGGCCGCCGCCGCCGAGUCGCGCGCAGCCGAGGGCCAGCCUGCCGUCGACGUCGCAACUCCUCGGGCCGAGGUCGACGCCCCCAUCGCCCUGGCCGCCACGCUCGAGGCCACCACGCUGUCAUCCGGCGGGAGCAGCGCUGGCGCCGCCGCCGCCUCCAGCAGCAGCCCGAUCCCGGCCCGACUGACCGGCAGCGGCAUGGGGCGAGGCACGGCCGUCUCUGCUCUGCGGCGAGCCGAGUGGGCGCGGCCCGACACCGCGGUCGGUUCGAGCGUCGGACCGCUGCCGGACUACGCCGCCACCGCCGAGGCUUCCGGGCAGGCAAGGAUCACGGACGCCCAAGAGGAGGCCGUGGUCGGUCAGAUGCUCGACGAGGAUCACCCGUCGAUGUCGCCCCUCCGGCCGCAAGGGGACGACGACGACGACGACGAGAGGCAUGGCAGGGCAGGGAGAGAUCAACAGCUCGAUGACGGCGAUGACGUCGACGUCGAUGACGGCGACGGCGACAGCCCAGCGAACGAUCCCGCACGCGCGGCCCUACGCCGUGGCUCGGUCGAGCCCAUCGCGAUUGGGAGUGGCCGAGGUGCGCACCACGGCCGGGACCGAGGCUCUGCGGAGCACUCGAGCGAUUCAGCCUACGCCGCCGCUGCCAACCGGCUCGGCACGACGCAGCCGUCGACGCCGCCAUCGAUACCGGUGGGCCAGGGGUCGGGCUUCGCCCUUGCGGCGGGCGCCAUGUCGCCCGGGCUGGCCGACGCGCGCACGCCGCUCAACAACACGUUUCUGAGCACGCUGGCCGAGGCGCCCUCUGCAUCGGCGCUCGGACGGGAUUUUCAUGCAGGCCGGACGGCACCGGCCGAUCGUCAAAUGCCAAUCCAGCAGCAGCAGCAGCGCAGCUCUGGCGAGGCCGACGCCGACGGCUCCGGCUCCGGCUCUGGCGGCAGGCUGAGCGAAGGCGGCGACGAGACCGAGACGGCCGACAACCCCCUGGACGCGAGGUCCCGGGCCGCCGCAAGAGGCUCUGGCGAGCUCGGCGAGGGCAUGCCAGUGUCCAUCUUUGGACGAAAGGGUGCGGCGCUGCGGGAUGGGGGCAAAGGUCGAGCGCGCGAGGGCACCGAUUCGGACGAGGCCAGCCCGGACGGCGCUGUCGUGGAUGGCCGCCUUGACCACCAGCAGCACGAGGGUCGGGCUCCGAACAUGUCGUCGCCGUCGGCGAGCAAGGACAGCGAGCCGGAGCGCGACCAGGCGUGGCGGCGAAGGUCGCGAAGCCGGAGCCGCAACCGCAGCGGCAACGGCAACGCACCCGCCGACGCUGGCUCGUCGUCGCCCACGUCGAUUCCGUCGCCGGGGCUGCGCACGGGGCCCAACAUCAAUGCGAGCGCCUACAUGCACGGGCACCAGCAUCCGCGCGGCGCAGGCGGUAGUGGCGGUGGUAACGGUGGCCAUCACUCGCAGCAACACCACCACCACCACCACGAGCGCAGCCCGCCGGCGCCGCACCAGGGACGGAGCGCGGGUACGACGACGACGGGGACCGGGUCCGGGUCCGGGUCGGCCUCUGCGAUAUCCAAGUUCAAGAAGAAGUUUUCGGGUGCGGCCUAG